UUACUUACUCUUCAUCCUGAAAAUUAAAUUAUACAAUUUUUAAUUAUAUGAACUUUGAGACUUUCUUGUGUUCUGGAGGGAAAAAACGGUACCUCAACCAACUUCUAAAAAAAAAAUACGUAUCUUCUUGGCUAAUAAAGUGUUAUCAAGAUUAAGGCUUUUAAAAAAAUUGUUUUUAGGAAUCUAUAGGAUGGGGUGCGUGAGGGAAUGGGGUGUAUUGUGUCUUUAGUUUAACUUGAUUGGUUGCAGGAUUUGGGAAUUGGGGUUGGGGGAGUGGAAGGGUAAAAACAAAGUUGGAAGAGAUUCUGGGGGUAGACACAUAGCAUAUGACUGCAUGUGUAGUUUAAAGGAGCAAAGGGCUACCAGUCUUACUCAUAACUUGAUUUUUAAAAAGUGUUCAGUGCCUACAAUUUGCUAUGCUUUUUUCUAACCUCUCAGAAACUGGAAAAAAAGCUAUCGAGAUUACCUUUUACAGUGUGUGCAUAUAACUUUAAAACGACUAUUUUAACGUCUUUUAUUUAAAUUUUAUUUUAACGUAGUGCAUAAACAUUACAGCCAGUUUAACUUGUCCGUAGAAAGGCAGAAGAAUUUUACCCCGGGACCAUCUUGCAUCCUGCUUUUUGAGUUUUAACAUCCGCAAAAUCUCGGCAUAUUAAUUUAGUUGGUUUGUAGAAUUCUGAGUUUAGGAACAAAAAAAGUUUAGGUGGAGAUGGUUGACCUAUGCUCCCUGCUCUGUAGCUUUUGUUUUUUAAAAACUAAGUUUUAAAUCCCGUUUUCUGUCCUGUCUUCUUUAAAAGCAAAACAAAACAUUUUAAGUUUCUUAACUUUUUCCUGGGACAAGGAACGGUGCAAACUCAAAGCUACAGUAUUCUUGGAAAGAAGAAGCAACCCCCUCCCUUGGCUCCUUUAGGAGCUGAUAGGUCAUUUAUUAUUGGAACUGAAAUGGUAUAAACAAUUCUCUCUCUUUUUUUUCCCUUGUUAACAGCAACUUUCAUUGUUAGAGAGAGGAGAGAGAGAGAAGCCUUGUUGGUUGACGUCACUUGGUUCAUGAAGCCUUCGCCUAGAAGUGAAGCUGCUGAACAAACCUUGAGAAGAAUCAUCUCCUGCUUCAAUCUGCUGCUGGAUAGGAACUAAUCAGAGAGAGAGAGGCGGAAGACGGAGAAGGAGGGAGUCGAAGGCUUUCCCGAUCACAAAUCUCACCUCCACUACAACUCUCUUUAUACUUUUCUUGCGGAAAUAAUAAUAGAAAUAAGGAGGUGGUGGGAUUUCCAAAAAUCUUAACCUUCAACCAUCUGGGGAAAAGGCAAAAAUCCCAUCUACCGCAACUCUCAGUUCGAAAGUAAAGGUUUCCCAACAGUGAUGUCACAAGAUUGACCACAUUGAUCACAAUAUGGAGUCUGGAGAACGGUUACCAUCCUCAGCAGCCUCCUCUACUACACCAACUUCAUCUUCGACACCUUCUGUGGCUUCAGUAGUUUCAAAAGGUGGCCUUUCCACUGGAGUUGCUUCACUUAGCUCUACAAUCAACCCAUGUGGACAUUUAUUCAGAACAGCUGGGGAUCAACCGUUUAACCUGUCCACAGUGUCGAGUGCCUUCCCAAUGGUCAGCCACCCAGUCUUUGGUCUACAUUCAGCCAGCUCAGGGCAUUCAGAAUUUGGUGGUUUGGGGACACUUGGUACACCCACAGCCUUAGCCGCACAUCCCCAACUAGCAUCUUUUCCAGGUGCAGAAUGGUGGCGAACAACUGAUACUCAUACUCGUACGGGAGCAACCUUCUUUCCACCAUUACUGGGAAUUCCACCACUAUUUGCUCCCCCAGCCCAGAAUCAUGAUUCUCCUUCAUUCCAUUCAAGGACUUCAGGAAAAAGUAAUCGAAAUGGUCCCGAAAAAGGUGUAAAUGGGUCAAUAAAUGGAAGUAAUACAUCAUCUGUAAUUGGUAUCAACACAUCUGUACUAUCCACUACUGCUUCAAGUUCCAUGGGACAAACUAAAAGUACAAGCUCAGGUGGAGGAAAUCGAAAAUGUAAUCAGGAACAAAGCAAAAACCAGCCUUUGGAUGCUAGAGUUGACAAAAUCAAAGAUAAGAAACCAAGGAAGAAAGCAAUGGAAAGUUCUAGCAACAGUGAUAGUGAUUCAGGCACAUCAUCAGACACCUCAAGUGAAGGCAUUAGUAGUAGUGAUUCAGAUGAUCUAGAAGAAGAUGAAGAAGAAGAGCAAAGUAUUGAAGAAAGUGAAGAUGAUGAUUCUGAUUCAGAGAGUGAAGCACAACAUAAAAGUAACAACCAGGUGCUAUUACAUGGUAUUUCAGACCCAAAAGCAGAUGGACAGAAAGCAACUGAAAAAGCCCAGGAAAAAAGAAUACACCAGCCAUUACCUCUUGCGUCUGAAUCCCAGACUCACUCAUUCCAAUCCCAGCAGAAGCAGCCUCAGGUUUUGUCACAGCAGCUUCCAUUUAUUUUCCAAAGCUCUCAGGCAAAGGAGGAAUCUGUGAACAAACACACCAGUGUAAUACAGUCUACGGGAUUGGUGUCCAAUGUGAAACCUUUAUCUUUGGUAAAUCAAGCCAAAAAGGAAACUUACAUGAAACUCAUAGUUCCUUCUCCUGAUGUUCUUAAAGCAGGGAAUAAAAAUACCUCUGAAGAAUCUAGUUCAUUGACCAGUGAAUUGAAAUCCAAACGGGAACAAUAUAAACAGGCAUUCCCAUCACAGUUAAAGAAACAAGAGUCAUCUAAGAGCCUGAAGAAGGUUAUUGCAGCUUUGUCAAAUCCAAAAGCAACCUCUAGUUCACCAGCACAUCCAAAACAAACAUUAGAAAACAACCACCCAAAUCCAUUCUUGACAAAUGCACUUUUAGGUAAUCACCAACCAAAUGGAGUUAUUCAAAGUGUCAUUCAAGAAGCUCCUCUAGCACUUACUACCAAAACUAAAAUGCAGAGCAAGAUUAAUGAAAACAUUGCUGCUGCAAGUAGCACCCCUUUUUCCUCACCUGUAAAUUUGAGUACAAGUGGGAGAAGAACCCCUGGCAUUCAGACACCUGUAAUGCCCUCUGCCUCUCCCAUCCUGCAUAGUCAAGGGAAGGAAAAAGCAGUUAGCAAUAAUGUAAACCCAGUAAAAACACAGCAUCACUCCCAUCCUGCAAAAUCUUUAGUGGAACAAUUCAGAGGAACAGAUUCAGACAUUCCCAGUAGUAAAGAUUCUGAAGAUUCAAAUGAGGAUGAAGAGGAAGAUGAUGAGGAAGAAGAUGAGGAAGAUGAUGAAGAUGAUGAAUCUGAUGACAGCCAAUCAGAAUCAGAUAGUAAUUCAGAAUCAGAUACAGAAGGAUCAGAAGAAGAAGAUGAUGAUGAUAAAGACCAAGAUGAAUCAGAUAGUGAUACUGAAGGAGAGAAAACUUCAAUGAAACUGAAUAAAACAACUUCCUCUGUCAAAAGCCCUUCCAUGAGUCUCACAGCUCACUCAACACCUCGUAACCUCCACAUAGCAAAAGCCCCAGGCUCUGCUCCUGCUGCCUUAUGUUCUGAAUCCCAGUCACCUGCUUUUCUUGGUACAUCUUCUUCCACACUUACUUCAAGCCCACACUCUGGCACUUCCAAAAGAAGAAGAGUAACAGAUGAACGUGAACUGCGUAUUCCAUUGGAAUAUGGCUGGCAGAGAGAGACAAGAAUAAGAAACUUUGGAGGGCGCCUUCAAGGAGAAGUAGCAUAUUAUGCUCCAUGUGGAAAGAAACUUAGGCAGUACCCUGAAGUAAUAAAGUAUCUCAGCAGAAAUGGAAUAAUGGAUAUCUCAAGGGACAAUUUCAGCUUCAGUGCAAAAAUAAGAGUGGGUGACUUCUAUGAAGCCAGAGAUGGACCGCAGGGAAUGCAGUGGUGUCUUUUGAAAGAAGAGGAUGUCAUUCCUCGUAUCAGGGCAAUGGAAGGUCGUAGAGGAAGACCACCAAAUCCAGAUAGACAACGAGCAAGAGAGGAAUCCAGGAUGAGACGUCGGAAAGGUCGACCUCCAAAUGUUGGCAAUGCUGAAUUCCUAGAUAAUGCAGAUGCAAAGUUGCUAAGAAAACUGCAAGCUCAAGAAAUAGCCAGGCAAGCAGCACAAAUAAAGCUUUUGAGAAAACUUCAAAAGCAGGAACAGGCUCGGGUUGCUAAAGAAGCCAAAAAACAACAAGCAAUAAUGGCUGCUGAGGAGAAGCGGAAGCAAAAAGAACAGAUAAAGAUUAUGAAACAGCAGGAAAAAAUUAAGAGAAUACAGCAAAUCAGAAUGGAAAAAGAACUUCGAGCUCAGCAAAUUCUAGAGGCUAAAAAGAAAAAGAAGGAAGAAGCGGCAAAUGCCAAAUUAUUGGAGGCCGAGAAACGAAUAAAGGAAAAAGAAAUGAGAAGACAACAAGCUGUUCUUCUGAAACAUCAGGAGUUGGAGAGGCAUAGACUAGAUAUGGUAUGGGAACGAGAGCGAAGGCGACAACACAUGAUGCUUAUGAAAGCUAUGGAAGCUCGUAAAAAAGCAGAAGAGAAGGAACGGUUGAAGCAAGAAAAACGUGAUGAGAAAAGAUUAAAUAAAGAGCGUAAACUAGAGCAGCGAAGAUUAGAAUUAGAAAUGGCAAAGGAACUAAAGAAGCCUAAUGAAGACAUGUGCUUAGCAGACCAAAAGCCUUUGCCAGAGUUGCCUCGUAUUCCAGGACUUGUUCUCUCUGGAAGUACAUUUUCAGACUGUCUCAUGGUGGUGCAGUUCUUACGAAACUUUGGUAAAGUUUUGGGCUUUGAUGUGAAUAUUGAUGUUCCAAACCUGAGUGUUCUUCAAGAGGGAUUGCUAAAUAUAGGGGACAGCAUGGGUGAAGUACAAGACUUGCUUGUGAGGCUCCUCUCAGCUGCUGUAUGUGAUCCAGGUCUAAUAACAGGAUACAAGGCCAAAACAGCUCUUGGAGAACAUUUGCUGAACGUUGGUGUGAAUCGAGACAAUGUUUCCGAGAUUUUACAGAUAUUUAUGGAAGCCCACUGCGGACAAACUGAGCUUACUGAAAGUCUGAAGACCAAAGCUUUUCAGGCUCACACUCCAGCACAGAAAGCUUCAGUCCUGGCUUUCCUGAUCAAUGAACUGGCAUGCAGCAAGAGUGUGGUCAGUGAAAUCGACAAGAACAUUGAUUAUAUGUCAAACUUGAGGAGAGAUAAAUGGGUGGUAGAAGGUAAACUCCGCAAGCUCAGAAUCAUUCAUGCUAAGAAAACAGGCAAAAGAGACACUUCAGGUGGCAUUGAUCUUGGAGAAGAGCAACAUCCCUUGGGCACACCCACUCCAGGACGCAAGCGAAGAAGGAAGGGAGGAGACAGUGAUUAUGAUGAUGAUGAUGACGAUGACAGUGAUGACCAAGGGGAUGAAGAUGAUGAGGAUGAAGAAGAUAAAGAAGACAAAAAAGGAAAAAAGGCUGAUAUCUGUGAAGAUGAGGAUGAAGGUGACCAAGCAGCAAGUGUUGAAGAGCUGGAAAAACAGAUUGAAAAACUGAGUAAACAACAGAGUCAGUACAGAAGGAAGCUCUUUGAUGCCUCUCACUCAUUGCGUUCAGUGAUGUUUGGCCAGGAUCGUUACAGACGCCGGUACUGGAUUCUUCCCCAAUGUGGGGGGAUUUUUGUAGAAGGCAUGGAGAGUGGUGAAGGACUAGAAGAAAUUGCAAAAGAAAGAGAAAAACUAAAAAAGGCAGAAAGUGUCCAGAUCAAAGAAGAAAUGUUUGAGACUUCUGGGGACAGUUUAAAUUGUUCAAAUACACAUCACUGUGAACAAAAGGAAGAUCUUAAAGAAAAAGAUAACACAAAUCUAUUCCUUCAGAAACCUGGCUCUUUUUCCAAAUUAAGCAAGCUUUUGGAAGUAGCUAAGAUGCCUCCUGAGUCAGAGGUUAUGACCCCCAAACCAAAUGCUGGUGCAAAUGGGUGCACGUUGUCUUAUCAGAACAGUGGAAAACAUUCACUGGGCAGCAUUCAGUCAACAGCAACGCAAAGCAUUGUGGAAAAGGCAGACUCUAAUAAUCUGUUUAAUACUGGUUCAAGUGGUCCAGGGAAGUUCUACAGUCCUCUCCCCAAUGACCAGUUACUAAAAACGCUGACCGAAAAGAAUAGACAAUGGUUUAGUCUUUUGCCACGAACACCUUGCGAUGACACUUCACUUACUCAUGCCAAUAUGUCAACUGCUUCUUUGGUGACUCCUCAGUCUCAGCCACCAUCUAAGGCACCUUCACCUGCCCCAGCUCCUCUUGGAUCUUCUGCUCAGAAUCCUGUUGGCUUAAAUCCAUUUGCUUUAUCACCUCUUCAGGUGAAAAGUGGAGCAUCUAUGAUGGGACUUCAGUUUUGUGGGUGGCCCACUGGUGUGCUUACUUCUAAUAUUCCAUUUACAUCAUCUGUACCUAGUCUAGGAUCAGGGUUAGGGUUAUCAGAAGGAAAUGGUAAUUCAUUCUUGACUUCCAAUGUUGCUUCAAGUAAAAGUGAAUCUCCAGUACCACAGAAUGAAAAGGCCACCUCAGCUCAACCUGCAGCUGUUGAAGUAGCAAAACCAGUAGAUUUUCCUAGUCCAAAACCUAUUCCAGAAGAAAUGCAGUUUGGUUGGUGGAGAAUUAUUGACCCAGAGGACCUAAAAGCUUUGCUCAAAGUGCUGCAUCUCAGAGGAAUAAGAGAAAAGGCAUUACAAAAACAAAUUCAGAAACAUUUGGAUUAUAUUACUCAAGCCUGCCUCAAGAAUAAGGAUGUUGCUAUUAUUGAACUGAAUGAAAAUGAAGAAAACCAAGUAACUCGAGACAUUGUGGAGAACUGGUCAGUAGAAGAACAAGCAAUGGAAAUGGAUUUGAGUGUCCUUCAACAGGUAGAAGAUCUAGAAAGGAGAGUUGCAUCAGCAAGUUUGCAAGUGAAGGGUUGGAUGUGUCCAGAGCCUGCAUCAGAAAGGGAGGACUUGGUAUAUUUUGAACAUAAGUCAUUUACUAAAUUGUGCAAGGAGCAUGAUGGAGAAUUUACUGGCGAAGACGAAAGCAGUGCACAUGCACUAGAACGGAAGAGUGACAACCCCCUAGAUAUAGCUGUAACCAGGCUGGCUGAUUUGGAGCGGAACAUUGAAAGAAGAAUUGAAGAGGAUAUUGCUCCAGGGCUCAGGGUAUGGAGAAGGGCAUUAUCAGAAGCUCGCAGUGCUGCACAGGUAGCUCUGUGCAUUCAGCAAUUACAGAAAUCAAUAGCAUGGGAAAAAUCAAUUAUGAAAGUUUACUGCCAAAUCUGUCGAAAGGGAGAUAAUGAAGAACUGCUUCUUCUUUGUGAUGGCUGUGACAAAGGCUGUCAUACGUACUGCCAUAGACCCAAGAUUACAACAAUCCCAGAUGGAGACUGGUUUUGUCCAGCUUGCAUUGCUAAGGCAAGUGGUCAAACUCUAAAAAUCAAAAAACUUCAUGUCAAAGGAAAAAAGACUAAUGAGUCAAAGAAAGGCAAGAAGGUAACUUUAACAGGAGAUACUGAAGAUGAAGACUCUGCAUCUACAAGUAGUUCACUAAAAAGAGGAAACAAAGACCUCAAGAAAAGAAAAAUGGAGGAAAACACUUCUAUUAACUUGUCAAAACAAGAAAGUUUUACUUCAGUUAAGAAACCUAAAAGAGAUGACUCCAAGGACCUAGCUCUUUGCAGUAUGAUUCUGACUGAAAUGGAAACUCAUGAGGAUGCAUGGCCUUUUCUACUUCCUGUAAACUUGAAACUUGUUCCUGGUUAUAAGAAAGUUAUUAAGAAGCCUAUGGAUUUUUCCACAAUUAGAGAGAAACUAAGUAGUGGACAGUAUCCAAACCUUGAAACCUUUGCUCUAGAUGUCAGGCUUGUUUUUGACAACUGUGAAACAUUUAAUGAAGAUGAUUCUGAUAUAGGCAGAGCUGGCCACAAUAUGAGGAAGUAUUUUGAAAAAAAGUGGACAGAUACUUUCAAAGUGAGCUGAAGUUAUAAUAAUCUCUUUAUUUUUUUUCCUUUUAAACAAGGACAAAUGAGACCAGCAAUGUGAACUGUAUUUACAUAAACGUGCAAGGCACAUACAUAAUGACUUUCUUUUUCCUUAAGAUAAGUAUAAAAAAAAAAAGUAUCAGAAGAAUGAUACCAUUCUUAAAGGCUUCACUCCUACAACAACCAAGGCCCUCGGUUAUUGGUUUGUGUGAUUUAUCAGCUAAUUUAGGUAGAACAGGGAAGCACACCCAAAGAAUUUUCAAAGGAAAGGGUGUUAUAGUGCAAUAGCAAUUAAAAUCUAUCAAAUCGCACUGAAUACUCAACACCAGAGCUCUAAUGUGGGAAAUGGUUCUCCUUUCCCUCUCAAUAAAUAUCUAUUUUUCAUUUUUUUACUUUGUAGUUUAUUUUUUAGUGAAUGUAUUUAAUUUUAUGAAUUAUUUAUGAUUAAACCACAUCCAGAAUCUUCGUUUUCUGUGAAAAGGAAGAACUAGAAAAUUGCUUUAAAUCUUGAAAAUACAACAAGGAAUGUUUUAAAAUAUAAAACAAAGCCAAGUUAAACUGUUUACACUGAUGUGCUAUAAAAGCACCAAAAAGAAACUUUACUGUAGAGUUACAAGUACAUUUAUAUAUAUAUGUUGCUGCGUCACUUGUGUAGUUAAAUUGUAUUUCAAAACAGUGAAAAAAUUGACGUGUAUAUACUGUUCAUUCUUGUUUAUAUUAAGUCUUGUUUUAAAUAUGUAUUAUGUGUAUAUAUUGUUUGCAGACAUUAUUGUUCAUGCCUUAGAGGAUUGUAGCAUUUUAUUUUCAUCUGAAGGUAAUGAUAGCUAUACAGUCUGUACAGUAAUUAUCCUCUACCAACACUGUGGCGUCUCCUUAAUCUUGGUAGUGCCUGCCUUUGAAACAGGGUGUAGGGGAUAUUAGUUUUCCAUUUUUCUAUUUUGUUAUAUAAUUUUAAGCCACCAGGGCCUAAAUUAAAGUAUAAUCAUUUGUAUCCAUGUGGAAUAAAAUUGUGACAAUUUCCUACGCACACAGUAUUUUUUCAUAGAAACAUUUCCCUCCCAUUUGCCUUGCCUCAGAAAUAAAUUUAAAAGACAUUUGUAACCACUGUGUUUUAUCUACUGUGUGUUGUGGUGGCCUGUUGGAGGCAAAUAGAUCAGAAUUUUUUUUGUACCUAUGUAAGAGUACUUGAAGUUUUAUUUAAAAUAAAAUGUUGUGGAAAAGGUAGCAUUCUUUUUUUAGGAGUGUUAUUUUUCACUAUGUGUGGCACGGAUACAAUAAAAGACUUUUACAAACUAA